AUGAUCCAAAAAUUAAGUGUUUUAUGUCCUACACCUUUCGGUUUGAAAUUUAAAACUAAACUGAACGCAAAAGUCCGUCUGGUGCUAGUUAAAAAGCACACCUCCUUCUUAUCACCUACUUCAUUUAUGACGUUCAAGAGCUCAAAUCAGCUUUGCCUUACUUACUUCUAUCAAGAUAUCGCCAAUUCUUCACAAUAA